AAUUAUUAUAUUUUAACUUAGUACACAUCGUAGCGUUAUGUUAACUAAAAACCUGUUAAUACGACAACUGCAAGUAAAAUCUCUUGUUACUAUUUAUUUUUUCUGUGCUGUACUCCGUGUGCAUCCAUAUGUGUCGACUGUUUGGAAUAUGUGCACAAAAACAAGCAGUGACUAAAAGUAAUGAGCAAAACAAAAACAAGGAAAUACCUCAUGUACAUAUGUAUAUGUGUGUGAUGUGCAUGAGUUGCUACCUACUGCGCAGCUGUCGUAUGUGGCUCACCCUGUUCACUGCCACACACUGAUUAAUUGAACAUUUCGCGACACCAAUUCUCAUCUGUGCUGGCGCAUAGACAAAGGACACGAACAGAUGAUACCAAUUCGUUGCGUCUUAAAUCUAUCUGCCGAUUGCGCUGAGUGCAGUUGAGUAUUGAAUUUUUCCCGUGUCGGACGCAUUGAAACAGUGAAGCAUCAAUUUGCAGCGUUAUAAAAAAAGAUUCAGCAAUUACACAAGAGUCCUGCUGGUUGGCUAAAAUUUAUCAAUAUCGUUUUUUUAUACACCACAUUGCAUGUUUUGCAAAAUUACUACAAUAAAUAAAUAAUAAAACGAGAGAGCAUAACAAAAAAUCGAUGACUACAGGCUUUUUGCCGUUUCUGGCAAACAUUUGAAGGAAUUUUUAAAAGAGCAUUGCACAAUUAUCCACAAGCAGCGUUGGGAAGAAGCGAAGUUACAUGAAAUUGUUUUCUACCUGUAUACUUAAAGAAAAAUAUUCAAGCAAGUAAUAGAAACUGUUGCCAAUUAACACGGUAGAAGCAAAUUAAUUCCAUAACGUGCCGUGCGUGGAGUGCGGCAGAAGGGAAAAUAUCGAUUUGUAACAUAAAACAUAUACGUUGGCAGCUUAACAGCAACAAAGUAUAGGACAGCUAUACGGCAAGAGCGGAUCGGGUACUAUCAGCGAACUCUUGUUACGAGUUGUCACGAAAGGACUAAACUAAACGGUGAAGUGAACUGGAACGAUAAGUAAUUGCAACAACAAACAAAUAUUGUGAACUUUAGAACAGCUAACUAUAUUUAAAGAAGGCAAUAGUCACAGCUGUUGAUAGAGGGGUGAGUGGAGAAUACGGUGCUUCCGGUAGAGCGUUGACAACGCACAGCCAACACCGUUACUUAAAGCGAAAAGGGACACUUCGGGAGAUAGAGCGUGCGGAAAUAGCAAAGCAACACAAGAGCGUGCAACUGAGAGCUAGCUGUUACUGAGCAAGAGCGCACAACUACACUGGCAACACGACUUUAAAGCGCAUCCUUAAACGAACGCAAAAAAAUAAACAACAUUUUUUUUACCGUUAAUUAGCGUACAUCAACUAUUCUACAAUUUACUACGACACUUUGCCUGUACGCCGCUGUGAUAGUACGCACUGUCGUAUACGUAAUAAAUUUUGUAACGCGCUCACCUUGACUCACAUUCACCAAACGUGUAGCUCUAGCUCGGUUCGUCGACUUCUUGAAAACAUAAAUUCUAUGCCAAAACCAGCAAAAUGUUGCCAUAAAUUGUACGCACACGGGUUAACUUGGCCAAGCGCAAGUUGAAUUUCCUCGUCGAAUUUGUUCAAUUUUUUUUGAAAUUAUUACAAAUUUACCUGCAAACAAUUGCAAUACAACAUAUAUAAACACAACGUUAUAAAAGUAACUAAAAUAACGUAAAAUUUUGUGCCAAAGGCUGCGCCUGAAACGUAAAUAUUUUUACUAAUAUUCAAAGGCUUUUGGGUACAAGUGUUAUUUACAUUGUUUUCUUUAUUCUUUUUUUUUCUUUUAUAAAAUCGUACAAUUUUUGCAUUGUUGUCGCGUUAAUUAUCGGUGAGACCGCCUAUUAGCCAUUGCAACAGCAGCUAUAACAAGAACAACUACAACAACAACACUAGCAGCACAUUUCCGCCGUUGCCGUUGUUGUUGCUGGUGUCGGUGUCGGCAUCGUUCGCUGCUUGGUGCCGUCGCUCGCUUCGUAAGACAAAAUAAAAAUUCCGCCGACGUUGGUCCUGUCGCAACUAUUCGCUUGCAUCAAAAAAAGCCGAUUUAAACCAAUGCAUUUAGGUUUCAAACGUGCAAAACGCCAAAACCAAAAACGUUUUUCGAUUAGUAAAAAAUGUCUUUGCCCCGAGAAUGGAAUUUUCCGAAUUCACGGGGACCGAUACACGGCACGAGUGAAUCGUACCCAACUGGUGGAGUCCAGCACCAGUCGGGAGGGCUCAUUCGCACAUCCACGGACAGCGAUGGUGACUGUGGCGUUUACAUCACCGAUCGGCAUAAUCAUCACGCCGCCACCGAUAUACCACCAUCGCCGCCACCAUCUCUUGUCGGCGCUUCGUGUGAACUGCCAACAACGGUUGCUUGCUCUCAACCCGCCCCACCAUCAUUGCUCACCGAGUAUCAACAGUCGACUGGUUCGCUCUUCUCAGUCGUGUCGGCGCCACCAGUACCGCUCGCAGAACUUGACGUUAAGCAAGUGGAUGCGCUUAAUAGCGGCGGAUUCCACAAAGUCAUGGGGAUCGCUGGAGGUGUUGGUCUGCAAGCUGGCUGCGGUAUGGGCUUAUCAACGAUGGGUGGCAGUGCACAAAAUGCAUAUUCGACCACAUCAAUGGAUGCAACAGCUUCCGCGGCAGUUAUGGCGGCAAGCGCCACAAUCAAUUGCCCAAUGGACGGUACGGCUACGAUCGCUGGCACCACCACGCAUGGCAUACAACGUCGUCCGGCAACGUUGCCCAUUAAUACGCCAUACUGUCCGGCAUCGGUCAGUCGCACUUUGCAUUCCAGCCUCUUGGAACAUCAAAUUACUGAAAUUGAUGAAGAGGAUAAUGAAAAUCUGUUGACUGUCUCCAGUAUUACAGCGCGUCCAUUAAUCGCCAAAUCGCGUGAGAUACGUUCGAAUCGACAGCUGCAGCUGAUCGAACAAUCCGCGAAACGUGGAGCUAAACAAACGCGACGCGCUAAUGUGUCCGCACAUGCCGCCGACGGCAGAUCCGCCGAUACGGAUCAGUGUGUAGCGGACAAGCGUACAACCUCUGCUUCAUCACGCUCCUCAGUUAAUACUGAUCCACCAGAUGGUGGUUACGGUUGGCUAAUUGUUUUUGGCGCAUUUUCAGUGCAAUUUUGGGUAGCCGGCUUGGUUAAGUCGUAUGGCGUGCUCUAUGUGGAAAUAAUGGAAACAUUUCCGAGUUCAACGGCAACCGUUGCUUCUUGGAUACCCGCCAUACUAUCAGCAUUAUGCUUAGUUUUAGCGCCAGUCUCUAGUGCACUAUGUCAGCGAUUUUCAUGCCGUUCGGUGGUUUUCGUUGGUGGUAUAUUCUGUGCAUUGGGUCUUACACUGAGCUACUUUGCGACUAGUCUGCUACAUUUGCUCAUUACCUUUGGAGUUUUGACAGGUAUCGGUGGCGGUCUCUCUACAACACCCGGAAUCGUAAUUGUGUCGCAAUAUUUCGACAAGCAUCGUGCGCUAGCAAAUGGCAUCUGUGUUUCGGGCACCGCUGCUGGUAGUUUUAUUUUACCGGUGCUUAUAAAACAUCUGGCAGAGAAAUUCGGCUUCCAUGGAACGAUUUUAAUUUUGGGCGGUUGCAUGUUUCAUGUUUGCAUCUCAGCCACACUUUAUAGACCCAUAGAAGAUUACAAUAGUGAAAGUGGCAAGUUAAGCGAGGAGGAGGAAGAAUCGGCGAAACCGCUGAAUGACAUCAACCCCAGUACAACGGGUAUGCUUACUGGCUCUACAUACUUGGACACAUGUGAUGCUACGCUCAAUAAUAAAUUCAUCGAACAUCUGUUCCUUGAAGAAUCAAAAAACCGACUUAAUGAUCUAUACUCUGGCAAGCAAAGUGCAAAUGAAAAGCAAGCUGCCGCUGGCCAGGAAAGUGAUGACGAGGUGAAGGAUGUUAUUGGUGAGACCACAUUUAUCAAGCCAAUGAAAAAGGUACGCAGUUCGGGCAUUAUGCAUUCUGUGGAAGAUCUCAGCACCGACUCUACUUGGGUUUAUCGCAAGAAUUCCGGCACCGAUUCAAAUCGUGGUAGCCGACGACGUCGAAACGUGUUUGCGAAUGACGAAAUCAUUUCGAAAAUACAAGCACAUCUAGAGAAACCACAGUCUCCACCGGCCGUAGUGACACGUGGCCUCAGCAAAAGCAUGGAGAUACCAACACCAGUUAGUAAUUUUACUGAUUUGAACAAACGUGGCGAGCUGCAUGAUCUCAGCGGUGCUAUAGUAGCUCAACCACCAAUAGAUGCUGGUGUCAGUGAUGGCGAAGACGAUGAUGAUGAUGAUGUACCACGCACCUGCUGUGAGCGCAUCGAAAUGUACUUGGACAUUAGUUUAUUGAAAGAUACUACAUUCAUAUUGAUGUGCUUGUCUGUGACCUUGAUGUCGGUCGGUUGUCCUUAUAUGCUUUACUAUCUCCCGGCACAUGUCAUUUCAAUUGGCAACAACAAAAGCCAGGCCGGUUAUUUAGUCGCCGUGAGUGCUGUAUUGGAUUUAUGUGGACGUUUAGGACUUGGCUGGUUAUCCGAUUUGCAACUUUUCGAUCGCAAAAAAACCUACAUAUUCUGUAUACUAGGCGCUGGCAUUGCCGUACUUACAAUACCGUCUGAGGAUACGCUUUAUUUAAUUGGACUAUCCGCUGCUGUUUACGGCUUCUGCUUGGGCAGCUGGUACGUGUUGAUGCCGGUUUUGUUGGCUGAUAUCUUCGGCACGGAUCGUAUUAGUUCCAGCUAUGGUUUGGUGCGUAUGUUUCAGAGCAUUGGCGCAAUUUCAGUGCCACCGUUAGCCGGUUUUCUGCGCGACCUUUCUGGUAGCUACGAGAUAUGUUUUUACUGUAUGGGCGCUUGCAUGGUGUUGGGCAGCAUACCGUUAUUGGUGUCGGCGCUGCUUGAAAGCCGCGAACGUGAUCCUUUCGAACAACCCGAUGAAAGUGAUGAAAAUUCCACAGUAUCUUAAGCGGUUUUUGGCGGAAUAUUUACUUAACGGCAAUUUUACUGACUGUUUUAUGGUUUGUGUAGCACUUGCAGUUUAAAGAGCUUAUACUAUUCACUAGUAGUUAUUGAACACUGUUUCGCUGUUGAUUUAGACUUCCAAUGUGUUUUGAAAUUCCUAUUAGAAUGUGUAGUACAUAAUUUACUCAGACAAGUAGUAUAUCAAUCAAUAGUAAUUACAUAUUUACAUACAUACAUAUAUGUAUUUCAACAUAUUACAUACUCGUAUAUACUAAGUUGUUGUACUAGUGUAGUAGAUCAUAGAUUGCUGGAACCUUGUCGAUCGAAGUUUUCUAACCGAGAUCAUUUGCAUAUGAAAGUAGUUUUUAAGGAUACUUAUGUUAUUCCUGACUCAACUGAAGUAAAACGAAUUUAUUUUGGAAAAUUAAAGUUUAAGCCAGUUCACUCAGAAUCGUAACUUACCCACACACUUAAACUGAAUAGUUCGAUAACUGCUUUUAAUUUAGUUGUUAGUGGCAUCGUGCUCGCGCAAGCGUCGGACAAAAGUAUACAUGUUAAAAAAAAUCAUUUGAAACUCAUCAACUGUUUCCGCAUUCAGCGAGUAUGUUUUAAAGGCACAAACAGUCACCGACGCAAAACCGUGGACCGAAUCAGCUGAUACGACCUAUCUUAUAGGCGCAAUGUAAAUGAAUAGUCAUCACCGCUUCUACCGUCCGCUUCAACAGAUCGUGCGGUAGGAUAUGCACGAAAAUUGGAUUUUUUCCAUAGAAACGAGUGAGCUGAGAGUGAGAGAGCAAUCUCUUGCAACGCAUCGCGAUUGGCAAUAUUUUGUAGUAAUUAAAAAAUUAACUUGAAUAUAUUUGAAAUAUUCUUAAAAUAACUCAAAAUCACAGUCGAAUUCACUUAUUUAUAAAUAGGUAAACUAAUUUUAAUAAUUGGAUUUUAGUUUUAAGCUUUUACAUUAUGAUUAUUUAUAACUAAAACACUAAAUGUGUGAAAAGUCGUGUAUACAAAUAGAACAAUAGACAAGAUUGGUGAAAUGAAAACAAAAGAGAACAACUGAUUUCUGCGUUGCAACUACGGGCAUAACUUUUAACAAAUUUGGUUUGAUACGGGCGGUAAGUACGGAAGGGAGGAAUGUCGGUGACUGUUUGUGCUAUAAGAAAUAGGCGACCAUGGUUUAGUAUUGAAAUAUGUGAAGGAAAUAAAUACUGGCGUAUUGCUAAACAACCACGGCUAGAACAUUUCUAAACAUUAACAAUAAAGAAGAUGGAUCUUGUGUUUGACAACUGAAGUUACAAUAAGCAUUAAAUAACUUCAGUAAUAUUUUAUCUGAGUUGAGCAUUCGUUUGCCACUCGCUUAAAAAAUUAAGCCUAAUACUAUUUUAUAAAUAUUUGUAUUAGAAAUUACAAGCGGCUGAAGCAAAGAACUCGUCCCUCCUACAAAAAAAAACUAAUCCCAAAUAUCUAGAAACUAUCUUUGGUGUUGAUAAGAAUAUCAUUCUAAAAUAAAUAGAAUAAUAUUGUCAUAUUAUUUUACAUUGAUAUCAAUUUUUUCAAAAAUAAAAUUCUUAAAAAUACUGCGUUGAAAAAGUUUACUGAAUUCAGACCAAAUUAAAAAAGAAACUUAAUUCAUUAUAAAAUUGUUUUUUAAUUGCCAUUUAAAAGACAUUUGUUACUUUAAGUUCCUUUACUUGCUUAGCGUGAAUUUGACAGAAAAAUAUGACAGUUCAUUUCGUUUAUGACGUAGCAUAUUGCAAGUUUGUCUCUAUAAUUCUUGUCUAUAGUAGCAUGAGCUUUAAGGUGUUAUAUCCACUUGCAAGUCAGAACAAAAGCUUUUGGUGAAUUUUUUUUGGACAGGCAUUAUAUUUAAUAAAUAAAUACAAUUAAUGUACAUUGACGGAAUUUAUUAUACUUUAUUAUAUCGGUGAUUCAUUUUAAAAACUUUUGGAUUCACUUGAUCCCAUAGCCAAUCUACUGGAGGACCUCCAAAAAAGGGUGUCUGGCGAUGAGAAAGAUUUUUAUACUCUCGCAACAUAUUGCUACAGAGUAUAAUAGUUUUAUUCAUCUAACGGUUGUUUCUAUCACCAAAAAACAAUAUAUAGGGUUAUGUACAAUAUAUAAAUGAACAGGAUGACGAGGCGAGUUGAAAUCCGCAUGUCUAUAGCGCUGGGGUUAUAUGGUAUUUUAAUGAAUAUUUACAAAUAUUAAAAACAUUUUAGUUCUUUUGCUAUACUCGCAUGUGCACUAGUUCCGAACUAGUUCAAUUUAUGCGUUGAUAGAGCAUUGAGCUUUUGAAAAUAAUGAAUGAAAGCUUUGGUUGUAAGAGAUUGUAGUUUUAGUAAAUAAUUUCGUUAAAGUUUAUUUAUAAAUGCUUUUUAAGCUUAUGUGUUUUAAUAAAAAACUUAAGCUGUAAGAAAAAUAUUAAAAAUUGUACUGCAAGAGAUAAUUGCUCAAGAUUUCUAACUUCUUUAAAAUUUCUUUAUGUUUGAAACAUAUAACAAACUUUAAACAUUUAAUUUUUACUGCUAAAUUUACACAUUAGUUUGGUUUUGAAAUAUUGAAGAGUGGAGUUUAUAAUUUAUAAGAAAUAUAUAUAUUUUUUUAGUCACAUACAUAAAUAGAUUUAGUUUUGAUAAUUACAUAUUGUUUUUAAAACAUAAACAUUAAUUAAAUGUAUGUAAAAAAUACACUUGAUGUAAACCGAGUUUAGAAAACUGCAUACAAAAUUGUCAAACACCAUUGUUAUAUAACAUUUAGAAUUAAAAUAAAAUAUUAUAUGUAAUUGCCAACAUCGUUUUUGGCAAAAUAUGGUAUGUGUACCCAGUAACACUAACUGCUUUUAAAGCAAAAAUGUUGUACAACUAUCUGAGGCAUAAAUUGUAAUUUUAAUUACUUAAUAUAACAAAAAUAAUUUUAAAAAAAAAUGUAUUAAAAAAAUUUAAAAAAAAGUACUGCAACUAUAAGAGACAAAACUUAACUAAAUUUACUGUAGGACAGCAACUUUCGAGGGUAUAAAAAACAUAUACAAAAUAGCUACGCUUGAGCGAAAAUAUAUAUAAGAACCAAGUAGCCUCGCUUUAAUGAAAGAGUAACAUUGAAAUUAAUUUGUGUCGUUUGACGGCCGUCAACGGCAUAAUAAUUAGAGGUGCUUAUUAUCACCAUUCAAGACUUGGAUCUAAUAAGCUUAAGCUUUACUGAUCAAAAUAGAGCUAGUAUGCCGAAGUAAAUAAAUAAAAUUUGGUCACGUAAAAUCGGUUUUCGUGAGAAUUUCGGGAAUGCGAGAGAGUUUCGCAUUCAAAUCAUCACCGAACGCAGAUAAAAAGCUCUCUUUAUCUCGCGAAACCAGACUUACUUUAAUGCAAUUAUAUUUCGGGCAUUUGAGCAAUCAAAGUAUCCAGAUUUGAUCAAUAUAUACGCAACAUAUGCCUGGUAUGAAUGUCAGCAUGCUACAAACGACUUCUUUGCAUACCGACUUUAAUCAACUUAUAUAAUGACUUGGAUAUAUGGGUAUCAAAUAUCAAAAAGUUAGUAGCGAUCGCUCCUCAGCAGGUAAUGCUGAACCUUCAAGCGUAUUUCUUACAGCAAAUAAAAAAAUUUGUGUUAACAUUUAGGAACCAGUUUAAAAAUUUUAAAAUUGUAGGUUUAACCUAAGGAUUACAACUCUUAGUUGGGAUAAAAGAAGCUUUCUAGUCAUCAGGUAAAAAGUUUAUCAUCAUAUAUAUAUAUAUGAUACCUAUAUAUGUAUAAUAUAUACUGACGAAUACCAGUACUAUUAUUUCGUAUACACGAUUAACUAUGUAUACCAUCUUCGCAACGUGGUAAUCGUCAAAGUGAGUAAAUUGUAUCAGAAUUUUACGCUGCGUAGCUUACUCGUGCUCUAUCAAAUAUAUAUAUAUAAAUAUAUAAAGAUUUGGUCAAAAAACUAGAAUCAAUGUUAUGAAACAUUUUUAUCAACUAUUAUUCAUCGUAUGACGCAUUAGGCGUAACGUAGCAUCGAUAAUGUCUGCCAUCAAAUAAAAAAUAUAUAAGACUCAGCUGCCCAAUGCACAUUUCUUAACUUUCCUGCAGCGUCAUUAUGUGACAGCUACGUCACUUUUCAAGGGUUACGUCAUUAAAGCUAUUGUCUCGCAAUUUCCGCAAAAUAAUUUAAGCACUUGUUUCUGCAUUUAGUUCCUUUUUAAGCUCCGACUUAUAGUCUGACGAAUCGAUUUAGUUAGUUCACGAAAAAGUCCGUCAGUUUUUAAGAUAUCGAUCUGAAAUUUUGCAUACAUCUUUUUCUCGACAAGAAGCUGCUCAUUUAUCAGAAUCUCCUAUAGCGGACGCUUGUAGGAUAUAACUGCCAUACAAACUGAUCCAAUUCAAGCUCUUGUUUGGAACUUUUUUUAUUUGAAAAUAUAUCAUUGAAGAAAUUCGGCAUAUACUCGUAUUAAAUAAUAUCUAAGGCAACGCUACAAUCUGCGACAAAAUUGCUUAGAUCGCAGCACUCUAGAAUAUAGCUGACAUACAAACUGGCCGAUCAAAAUCAAGAAAAAAUAUUAUUUUACUGUUUUAUGCUAUAAGAAAUGCAGCUGUGAAGGGUAUUAUGGCUGCGGUACAACCGAAGUUUUUUAUUUGAUUGUUUUUUUUUUUUUUUUUGUUUUAAACGAUAUUGAUUUUUAAACCAAUGCAAUUUUAAUAAAAUAAAAUCUCUGUAAGCAAAUAAACUGCGAACAACGGUAGCGCACAAAAUUUACUUCUGCUUUAGUAUACAUUUCAACUUUGUUGCUAUUUUUAUAAACGGCGCUGUACGUUAUCAUAACUCCUACAAUAUUAAUUUACAAUAAUUCAAAAUUUUCGUAACUGUAUACAAACGUGUACUUACAAACAUACAAAUAUAUGUACGUAUGUAUGCAUGUGUGAAUAUUUAUGAAAUUUAAACAUUUUGAUUAGCGUAAAUCAAUAUUGGUACAAUUUCGAGACGUGACCAGAUUUCCAAUGAAGCCAGUGCGGCUGCAUAGCAAGCAGAAUUAUGUCAUACGAGCAUGCGUACGAAGUUGAAUUUGUUAGUGCAAGAAAAUAUCAAAAAAAGAAUAAUUUUUUUAUUGGGUUUUGUAGUUAAAUGCAGUUGUUACAAAUUAUGGAAAUUGACUGUUUUUAUACAAGUGUUUACAUAUAUAACAUAUGUGCUUACAAGUAAGUCUCAUAUAUAAUAUAAUAUGCAUAUGAAAUACACAUACACACCUUUAUAUGUAUAAUUGUAAUAUGCAUGUAUUUAUUAUAAAGGUCAUGCGCAUUCUUCAUAAAAAUGUUUAAGCCUAUUUUAAAUAUAAAAUAUAAAAAUAUAAUAAAACAGAACUGUUUGUAGCAAACGAUUUAAUUUUGUACCUACAUACAUAUUUAUAAUGUAUAUUUGUAUGCAUGUGUGUGCAUGCGCUAUGAGUGCCAUUUUUUGGAGUUUUAAGACAUGAUUUAAAGCAAACGCAUUUCUAUAACGCAUUAUUACAAAUUUACUUACUGGCAAGCGCAUGCAUACAUACAUAUAUACUUAUAAGCAUAUAUGUAUUUGUAUACUGAAGAAAAAUUUAAAAAAACACUACAUUUUUUCAAUCGUAGUUUAAGUUGUAAAUAUGUACUUACAAACGCAAUAUUAAGAUAUACAAACAUACCAAAGCGAAAAAUACUAGUAAACUAAAUAAUAUUAUAACUAACAUAUAUACAUACAUACAGUUAUGUAUUACAUAAAUAUAUGAUAUGAGUAUCUAAACUAAAAAAGAAAGCUAAUUAAAUAAUAUUGAAUGU